CGGCCCCCCGUGCAGGCCGCCGCGGCCGGCCCGAGCGGUGACCUGGCGGGCCGCGCCUGCGCCCUGCCCCGUUUCCUGCCUGGCUGGUGGCGGCGGCCAUUUUGUCCAUCCUCCUCCUCCUCCUGCUCCUCCUGGUUGGAGCGCAGUGUCCGGAGCGGGCUGGGGGGAGAGAGACCUAGCGCAGGGUUCGGUGCCUCUGCCCCGGUGCCCGGCCGUGGCCCGGAGCCCCCCUCCCCUUCCUCCCCGCCCCCUCCCCUCCCCGGCCCUGCCCUCCCCCCGCUCCCGGGAUCGCUCCGUCGCACCCACCAUGAUGGAAGACGACGGGCAGCCCCGGACCCUAUACGUAGGUAACCUCUCGAGAGAUGUGACCGAAGUCCUCAUCCUUCAGUUAUUCAGUCAGAUCGGGCCCUGUAAAAGCUGUAAAAUGAUAACAGAGCAACCCGAUAGCAGAAGGGUCAACUCUUCUGUUGGAUUUUCUGUUUUGCAGCAUACAAGCAAUGACCCAUAUUGCUUUGUGGAAUUUUAUGAACACAGAGAUGCAGCUGCUGCAUUAGCUGCUAUGAAUGGGAGAAAAAUUUUGGGAAAGGAGGUCAAAGUAAACUGGGCAACAACACCAAGUAGCCAGAAAAAAGAUACUUCCAAUCACUUCCAUGUGUUUGUUGGGGAUUUGAGUCCAGAAAUUACAACAGAAGAUAUCAAAUCAGCAUUUGCCCCUUUUGGUAAAAUAUCGGACGCUCGUGUAGUUAAAGACAUGGCGACCGGAAAGUCCAAAGGCUAUGGUUUCGUGUCUUUCUAUAACAAACUGGAUGCAGAAAAUGCCAUUGUGCAUAUGGGAGGCCAGUGGCUGGGCGGCCGGCAGAUCAGAACCAACUGGGCCACACGCAAACCGCCUGCGCCUAAAAGCACACAAGAAAGUAAGGAAGAUAACACUAAGCAGUUGAGAUUUGAAGAUGUAGUAAACCAGUCAAGUCCUAAAAAUUGCACAGUGUACUGUGGAGGAAUUGCUUCCGGGUUAACAGAUCAGCUUAUGAGACAGACGUUCUCACCGUUUGGGCAGAUUAUGGAAAUCCGAGUUUUUCCAGAAAAGGGCUAUUCAUUUGUCAGAUUUUCCACCCACGAAAGCGCCGCCCAUGCCAUUGUGUCGGUGAAUGGUACCACGAUUGAAGGACAUGUUGUUAAAUGCUAUUGGGGUAAAGAAUCUCCUGAUAUGACUAAAAACUUCCAACAGGUCGACUAUAGUCAGUGGGGCCAGUGGAGCCAAGUUUAUGGGAACCCGCAACAGUAUGGACAGUAUAUGGCAAAUGGGUGGCAGGUACCGCCUUACGGGGUCUACGGCCAGCCGUGGAACCAGCAAGGAUUUGGAGUAGAUCAAUCACCUUCUGCUGCUUGGAUGGGUGGAUUCGGUGCUCAGCCCCCCCAAGGACAAGCCCCUCCCCCCGUGAUACCUCCCCCCAACCAAGCUGGGUAUGGCAUGGCGAGUUACCAGACACAGUGACUAGCUGGGACUCUGAGCAGAAUCACAGUUCACGAGAGCUUCAGUUUCCUGUGACACCCUGAAGACACGAACGGAGACAGCGGAAAAUGGAAAUAUUUAUUUUAAAAAAUGGAAAUGUUUGGAACCUUUAGCACAGCUUUGCUUGGGUGAAGGACACAUGUCUUCUAGUUCUGCCUUUUUAAGUUUUUGUUCAUGAUGGAUAUGAACAUGAUUUUUCUUUGUGUACAAAAACUAAAAAUAAAGUCAAUAAAGACAAUUCUGACUAAAAAUUUUGAUAUAAGAAAUGGGUAAUACAUUUUGAUUCUUAGAUACUAUUCCAUUUUUAUCUUGCUGUUCAGUAUUUUAAUUCACUGUGUUUUUCAAAGAGCAAAAACGGGAGGAUCGUGGCAAUCUGGGAAUCAUAUAUAAGUUCAUCCUGAGCCUUGAUACUCCCCACCCUUACCCCAGCCAAGGUGGACCACAUUCGAAGUCAGCAGGAAAAGUGAGAUAUUCAGAAGAAAUGCAGGAUUUUGGAGUCGCUUUGGAGGAAAAUUUUUUCGGUGCCUAAAGAAACUGAAGCCAGACGAUAAAGAAAUGUUGCCGCCUGAAUAAGGAGCAGCGCUGAGUUCCUUGAAUGAAUGUCGGUGGUCCACAGCAGACAUAUUUUUUAAAUUAAAAAAAAAUGUGGGUUAUUAAAACUAUAGUAAAUUAUAUUUCAUUUUGGGGGGGAGAUUCCAAGUAUGGUGUUUGUAUAAAAAUCAGACAGUCCUACUUUUACAUGAAGUUUAAAUGAUAUACAUUGUAAAUACUGAAUAAUAACUACAGUGUUUAAAAAGCAUGCUUCAACAUAGAAGUAGCAGCAAUAUAAUUAUCUGAAGUAACACUUAAGAGCUCACUCCACUGCAUUAAAUGCAGUGGAUUGAUAAAAAUGUUUAAAACUGACAUCUCCAAGGUUGGCUACUAUGUAAAAUUAAAAUUAUACAAAUUACUAUACAGAAAGCCUUAAUUUUAAUUUCAUACCAAUCUUUGAUGCAUCUUAAACGGUUGGAAAUUAGAUUUCUUUUACCUUUUUUUUUUUGGUUUAUAUCACUUGGUAUGUAAAUACCUUUAUGAAAACCUUGUAAACCUAUUUCGGGGUUUCAAUAGGUUUCAAUCAGUUGUAUAGUACAAAUGUUUUUUUAAAAAUUCUUGUGUUUUUUUUUUUAAUCAGAUCUAUUUUGCCCAGUAAUUUUUUAUUAAAUAAAAACACUAAGACAUCUUAGUUUAGUGUAUCAGCAUAUUAAUUGAAUAUUCAGCUUACAAUAAUACACAGAGUUGCAGUUUCCAUUCCUUCCCCUCAUGCGUGUGUCGUGUGCGUGAAUGAGCAGCCUUUAGCACGCGUGCAGUUGGACUGGACGAGAUAAGCUCAAGAUUUGUUUCUGGGCUAUUUUUCAGGCUAUCUGGAUAAAAUCUGCCUCAAAAUUUCUAUCAAAACAAGAAUGUAAAAUAGGUGAUAUCCUGUGUUUGAGUUCUGACGAGGGGGGAGGGUGCAAGUGUUUCAACGGUGCAUUUGAAAUGGUGGAGACUGGGCACCAAAAAUGCAAAAAUACUACUUUACUAUUACAUAGUAAGAUGCCGCUGGCACCCACAGAUGACUAUUUUUUAAACUUUUGAACUCUUUAAUUAGCUUUAAAAAUGAUGGUUUUAUAAAUUGGUGACAGCACUUAUUUUAUUAUUAUGUUCCUUUCCCUGUUUAGAAGCAGAGCCAAAUGUAUUCAUCACCAUGAAAACCCCCAGGUUCUAGAGUCCUUCAUCUUGGAGCCAGUGUUUUUAUGCAUUUCAGUUUCCACCACGCUCAUCCUCGAUCCCAUUGUCCCAUUAUAAAACCUACCCUUAUUCCGUUGCUCCGUGGCUAAUGUCUUUGCGGGGGUGUUAUGGAAGAGUUAACUUUAUAUUUUGUAAGGAGAACACUAUCAAUUAUGCCUCCUGGUUAAAAAUAUCUUGAAUACAUGUGAAACUUGAACAAUUAAAGACUUUUUUUUAAAUAUAUAUAUUGAUAAAAGUCUAUUAAAUUCUCCAUUUGCCUUUUUUGGAUCUACCAGUAAAUCAAGUAGCUUAUUGAGAUAACAAAUAUAGCCACAGUGUUUCUUAGUUGUAUAUUCUGUUGAUUUAAUAAAAUUAUCUAAACUAGUUAUAUUGCCAUAAUAAA